AUGGCCUGGCAUCAUAGCUGGUAUGUAACCCUGCCUGGUAGCUAUGCCACACUCUCUGCGCGCGCGGAUAGCACUCCGAAGCAGACAGCCGCACCUAUAGGAGCGUUCGCUCGUGGUCCCCGAAGAUGGUGUAAACACAUGCGCUCUCACCCUAAAGAGCUCCCGCGGAGUGCCACCAUGUUGACGAGGUUAUUCAGCGACCCAUCUCUGCUGCCAGAGGUGCAGAAGUAUUCGGGCUGGAUGGAUGACAGUGAAAGCGAGGACUCAAAGACUAAGGACGAUGACCAGGAACACUGUCGCCUGGCUGAUGACGACAUGGACGACGGGGACUUAAGAGGGGGAAGCAGUCGGGCUCACUCCGAAAUAGCAGGCGAAGAUGAGGAGGAAGACGAGAUAGAUGAAGAAGAAGACGGAGGCGACGAAGGCGAUGAUGAUAGGCCCAAAAAGCGUGGACCGAAGAAACGCAAGAUGACACAAGCGCGUGUGGAGCGUUCCAAGGUGCGUCGUCAGAAAGCAAAUGCGAGGGAAAGAACUCGCAUGCAUGACCUAAACUCGGCACUUGAUAAUCUCCGUAAAGUGGUGCCCUGCUAUUCAAAAACCCAAAAACUCUCAAAAAUAGAAACAUUGAGGCUUGCCAAGAACUAUAUCUGGGCCUUGUCCGAAAUCCUCCGCAAUGGGAAAAGACCUGACGUGGUGUCUUACGUGCAAACUCUUUGCAAAGGCCUUUCUCAGCCCACUACCAACCUUGUGGCCGGCUGUCUGCAGCUAAACUCCCGGAACUUCUUAACAGAGCAGUGCCAGGAAGGGGGUCGUUUCAAUGGGCCCAACCCCUCCUUCUCCAUGCACCCCUACUCUUACCAGUGUUCCCGCUUAUCCAGUUCCCAAUGCCAAUCCGGUUCAAACUCACACUCCAUAAGGAACCAUGCGUACUGCUCAGCCUAUGACUCCGUCUACCCUGGAGGCGGCUCACCGGAGUACAACAGCCCAGAAUACGAAGGGCCACUGAGCCCACCCGUGUGUAUCAAUGGGAAUUUUUCUCAUAAACAACAAGAAUCCGUCUCUCCAGUCGCCGAAAAGAGCUACCAUUAUUCUAUGCACUACCCCGCCCUGCCCAGCUCCCGUGCUGCCGGUGCCCAUAAUCUUGUGUUCGGCUCGUCAGGAGUACGCGGCGGUGUCCACUCCGAAAACGUACUGCCUUACCACGACAUGCACUUGCAUCAUGAAAGGGCGCCUGUGUAUGAGGAACUUAACGCCUUUUUCCACAACUGAGUAGCGGACUCCAUGUACCGUAACACUUGUCUUCUUCACAACAACUAACCAUGAAAUUGACGUGAAUUAAGAGUUCUGAAAUGCUCAACCCACUGUAACUUCAUACACUGGACACUAGAGCAGCAGAGUGGGCAAUGAGUAAGAGAUGGAAGACAGAGAUAACUCAUGAUAUCACAGUUUUUCCUUUAUAUUGUUUUUAAUAGUGCCAAUCCUGGGUUGUCACGUUGGAAAACAUAAAAAUGUGUUAAAACUAUUAUUUUGGAUCAAAUGUUUCCCUGUGUACAGAUUUAUAGUGUAAUGGUCAUAUAAUAGAUAUAUACAAUCACUGUUACAAGGACAAGUUAAUAUAGAAUGAUACUAUGAUAUUGAUCUGAAAAUGUUGUUAAUUGGAAACUCUUAUGAUAUAAAAAGUAGCUGACACGGAUUGUGGGAUGAUGUCAGCAUGGGGAGAUAUGACAGCGUCACUGGGAAUUGUAAAAUCGCCUUGACAACAAUUAAAGCAAUAAAGGAAAAACAAACUAGAUAAAUCUAUGCAAGAGAGUAUGUAAGGAGGAAACACUCAGAAAACAACAACAUAAAGACCAGGUUUUAAAAAUAUUUCCACCUCACCCCUCACAACAUUCCCAUGCACGCGCGCACACACACACACACACGCUCGUGUGCGCACUCACUCGUUCUUUUUGCCAGCAAAGCUCGAGUAAAAGUUGCACAAAUCAAAACACACAACUAUAAUUGUAUGGUAUAUUUCUGCUGUCAUGUUAUGGUUGAGUCAGAUUCAUUUUAUUUCACUUAAUCGCGUUUCUCAACAUUAGGCUAGAUGACCUGAAAAAAGUUAUUUCCACAUUUUUAAAAGAGCGAAUUCGGCGUACAUUUGGCCCGAUCAGAGAAACGCAAAUGUGAAGCUAUUUAGCUAUUUGUUCGACUACCGUACAUUUUUCAUCUUAAAUAUUGAACUACAAUGCAAUUUCAUUUUAAUUUGUCGUUCAUUAAUGUCGCUGUUUUAGUGUCGGGUUUGUUCCAAUAUCACGGAACACGCUUUUAAAGUUAUUCGAGUUAUAUACCAUUUCCUUUGCUUCAUAAAGUAACAAAACUGUUUCCAAACACAGUUAUUGUACAUCUGAUACUAUUGGCCAAACUCACUUCACAUAAUAAAAAUACUGGACAGAGACCUAACUGUGCAGAAUGACUUUAGGAAGGUUUAUAAGCGCAAGUCUAUUUUAAAAACAUAUUUUGGAAAAACUGAACGGGUAUUAUUCUAUGUGUGGGUCGAUAUUAUUCGGAUUUUUCACAAUAACACGCAGUUAUACGGAACGUAGCAUAUACAUUUACAAAGUAUUCAUUCAGCACAUGCUAUUUUGUAUUGUUAACUAAUGUAACCCAAUGGCUGUAAAAUAUAGCCUGUACGUUGUGAAUUAAAAUCUCCACUUGGCCAAUACGUAAUUGUACGACUCGAGUCAGCGAAGGAGCGAAGAAGAGACAUUCAUGUUAUUAAACAUGUAAAUUAUAAUGGCACAACAGUUAGAUAACACACAAAGCUUAUAAAAAAAACCUUAUUCCCCACCCCAAAGACAAAUAUCAGGGCUUUAUAAAAUCAUUUGAAUAAUGUUCCAGAGCUCAAAACAAUCAUUAAUUGCAGCAAAGUAUUAGCAAGUCUAAGGAAAAAAGUUUACAAUGGGUAUUAAAGCGACUUUUUUUCUAGGACUAGUAAUGUUUCAAAUUAUUAAUAUUAUUAUUAUUAUUAUUAUUAUUAUUAUUAUUAUCAUUAUUAUUAUUAUUAUUAUUAUUAUUAUUAUUAUUAUUAUUAUUAUUAUUAUUAUCGACAAUCAUGUCUUGCUAAUAUGUCAUGUGGAGGGUGGUGCAAUGUCUGAAAGAGUAUCAGCGGAUAAGUCUUGCUGAUGUAGGAGAUCACUGGAAGACCGGGGAGCAAGCAGAAACAGAAGUCUUAUGGCCUAUAAGCUAUACACAUUCCUUGUUCCAUAUCAACGCGUGCAACGUAUUUUGCCAGACACCAAACUGCGAUGAUUAAAGGGUGUCCAUUGUAAACACGUUCAGUCUCGAUUGUGAUAGGGUAGUUGUAAAGCCAGCAAAGAAAGCAUUUGAUAACAAAACGGUCUAGCCACUACUAGCAGGGAAGUGCCUGAACUUUGGAAAAUGAACCUGCAAAGGCGCACUUACCAGAGUCGAGUCGAUGGGAAGGAUCAGUGGCUCAUUUGAAGGGCUAUGUUGCGUUCGGAUCAACAAGUCACUUCGUGAACUUUUCAUGCUUUUCAUGAAUAGGCCUACACUUCGGCAUGAAGCGAUACACGCAGCUACUUGGAAUAUGUAAAAAAAAAAAACAUAUUCUUUUUUUAUAUGUAUUUAUUCCAAAAUAUAUACCCAGACAAUUUAAGCGAAUACUUUUUAAUCACUGCCAGAGUAGCCUAAGUUGCCAUUUUGCUAAUUGAGGGCAGCACGCAUUCUGUUUGGAUUGAGCACGCGAAUAAUAUUUCUUCGUAGGCGGACUGGUAUCAAAGAAAUAUGAGGGAUCUUCUGCAGAACAAGGGUGCGAAUGCACGUUGUAGAUAGGCAAGACGUUGCAUUUGAAACGAGCAACAAAAAGACCCAACACCCACUGUUUGACUGAUAUUCCGAAAAAGUCGCAAAAGCCACAAACAGAAAUCAUCAGAUUUGACAGAUGUAUCUUCACUCACAGUACAGUAAACUUAGAUAUUAGAAUUGCAAAUAUCGGGAAAAUAUUGCAGCUGAAUGACAACGAUAAAGCACCAUCACGAUUAAUUUCAUUUUUACGCUGUGACAGGAGGUAACACACAAGUCAUAAAACUGACAUCUCUGUCUUCUGUGCGGGCUACGAUUUACCUUAAAUAGCGAAUGACUCCUUUAUAUAUUCAAGAAUUCCGUUCAGUUCUUUAAAUCUUAUCUUGGAAUUAUUAUUAUUAUUAUUAUUAUUAUUAUUAUUAUUAUUAUUAUUAUUAUACGUUUAGCGCACGACACAUUUUUGUACUUUUUUUUUUUACAUGUAAUGUUUAUUUACGCAACAGACGACAGUGACCCUGAAAAAAAAAAAAAAAAAAAAUAUUGUGUACAUCUCAUAUCAAAACAUACUUAAAACACUUUUCUGGAGCACUUCCCACACAGUAUAAAGUGUCCUCAGUAAAAUAACUUUCAUUAUUGUAAAACAGGGAGAUAGACCUGGAGACGAGUGUAGCUCUAUUUAGCCUACUUAUUUUAAGAUAUUUGGUGUUUUUAAAGAUUUUCGACAAAACUGUUCCUAACACUUCAUCAGAUUACUGGCAGAAUCGCCUCUAAUAACCAACUGUAUUUCACGCGUAUUCAUGCAAAACGCAGAACAGAAUAAAACAGAUUAUUCGUAACCCACGAAUACAACUAAUGCAAAUAAAUGUUAACCGGUUUCCACUGCAUAUUUGUUUCCUGUGAAAAAUGUUUUACACUGUAAGAAGUGGACAAAACUUUCACGCUGUGUAUCAUGUUUCGUUAUCAUUAUUGUAAACGUUUGAUUUUAAGUGUUUGUGCUCUGUUUGACUGUGAUGAAUGCAACUCUCCACACUUUCAGUUAUCCUUUAAUUUAUUCUCCCAAUUAAAAAAAAAAGAUCUAUUGCGUGUUGGUCAGAAACACUGUGCUUCUGAAUUCUGAACAUUGUUUUUAAAAAUAUAUAUAUUAAACUUAUUUCAUGUAA